AGUGAAUUUACAAAUCAUUAAAUUAUCUAAGAGAUUAUUAAAUUAGAGUAUUACCUUAGAUAAUUAAAUUAUCUAAGGUAAUACUCUACCGGUUUCAGUGCAUCCCUCAAGUCCAUGAAAUAAGUUCUGUUCUCUUGUUUAUCUACCAUCUUCUGCAUCAAGUUCAGAUGCUCUGUCCUCAUGCCUGCAUUGAGUUCAUAAGAUGCUCUUUCCUGUGAGAUGUUCUGUCCUUUCUGCAUCGAGUUCAUUAGAUGCUCUUUUCAGUCUGCGUCAAGUUCAUAAAGUGAUGCCUGUGUCAAAAUGGUUCCUCUCUGUCCUGGGCUUCGUCAUCAACAUUGACACGUUGAUGUCGAUGGUCCCUGUGUUACUUGAAGGCCAGCGUUAUGUCCUGACCUACAGAUUCAGCCAGGACCACUUGGAGCUUCUCUUUAACUCCAUCAGAGCAUCUGGCGGCUGGAAUAACAACCCCAAUGCCAGACAGUUUAAGUAUAUAUUUAGGAAGCUGAUGGCCCGGUGUGGAGUUGUGAGUAGCAGAGGCAAUGUUACAGAACAGGAUGACACAGAGUCAGCCACCAUCGACAUCUCUACAAGCCUGUCAGCUGUAGAUGUGUCCUCUGCAGCAGGAGGAGAAGAUCUUCCCUCUCCGUUUGCAGACAUUCCGGCCCUAGUCCAUGAUCACAGCUAUCUUCCCGUCCGCUUCAAUGGUCUUGCGGACAAUGCUCUUGUGUACAUUUCAGGAUUUGUUGUGCGACGGGCUCUGAAGAAGCUGUCAUGUGAUGUCUGCCGUGCCAGCCUGGUGACCGACGCUGCAUCUGCCAUCAAGGACCAGAGCUAUCACCUGCUGUGUCUAAGAAACAAUGGAGGCCUGGUGAUUCCAUCAGGGGGAACAGUUAGGGUCGUCAGGGCAGCAGAGUGGGUAAUUCGCCAGGCCUCAGAUAGUUGCAGACGAUCACGGCCCAUCCAACUGCUGGAUAUCACGUACAUUGUACGGAAGAGGAUUGGGUCGGAGGAUGUGUUUGAGCUCGGGGAGCACAUCAGGGGCACUCAGUAUGUCAUAGACAGCCACCACCAUAGGCUGUUGACAUUAGUUGCGUCCUUGUUUUUUAAGCUAAGGCUGCACCACAUCGCUAAGAUGACUACACUUAGCUUACAGAGCAACAACAUGCGACAGAAACUCAACAAAACAGUCCUUUUCAAAGGGCAUUAGCCCAAUGUGAGUUUCUGUUGGGUCUUCCCGUGAGGCUGGACACUGGGUUUCAGCACCCCUCACCCCCACCCAUGUUGUAUGGAAUGGUUUGUAUGCAUCUUGGAUAGUUUUAUUAGACUUUGUUCUGUAAUUAGUUAUUGUGAAUUUAGUGUGAUCCUCUACAGUAUUUUGGAGAAAUCGUCAGCAAG